UGUUACUCAUUAGACACAGUGCUGGGAGCCCUGCGCUGCAGAGUAUAAGAAGGGGUGGAGGCACCUUCACAUCUCCACCUUGUGUUGAGCUUCACACAGCUGCCCACAGCCUCCAGCCGCCUUGGUCAAGGAGAUACCGCAUCCUCGAGAAAUCAUGGACUUCAGUGGAACAUGGCAGGUCUACGCUCAGGAGAACUACGAGGAUUUCCUCCGGGCCAUGGAUCUCCCUGAGGACGUCAUCAAGGUGGCCAAGGACAUCAAACCAGUUACUGAGAUCAAACAGAACGGCAAAGACUUUGUGAUCACUGCCAAGACUCCUGGAAAGACUGUGACCAACACCUUUACUAUUGGCAAGGAGGCUGAUAUCACCACCAUGGACGGCAAGAAGCUCAAGUGCAUCGUCAAUCUGGAGGGAGGAAAGCUGGUCUGCAACACUGGCAAGUUCACCCACAUCCAGGAGAUCAAGGGAGGAGAGAUGGUCGAGACUUUGACCGUGGGCUCAACCACUCUCACCAGGAGGAGCAAAAAGAUCUAAGCUGGCAGUGAAAAGAACAACAUCUAUUUAAAUAAAAGUCUUG